AUGGAGGAAGCUCCCCAGCGGGUGCCCGUAGUCCCCACGGGCAGAAUGAGCAGCACUUCCGGGCGGCCGCUUUCAAUCACCGACGACACUUCCACCACCACUACCACAACUACCACUACUACUACCACUGCAACGACCACCUCGACCACGUCCACCAUCACUGCGCUGACUAGCACGGCUGCUGCUGUUGCUCCUGCUGCUCCUCCUCCUCCUCCUCCUGCUGCCUCUCCUCGGUCCACUCCACCUCAGCCUUACCCUCGCCCGCCUUCCUCCACCGGGUCCUAUCCCUCGCCCAUUCCCUCUCCUGUUCCAGACCGUCGUCCUAUCCGCGGUCACGAGGGAGGAUUCGUGUAUCCCGCCUUCUUUCUCCGGCCGCGAGGUCUAUCACACCCAAUGCCCCCCGCUCAGCCCGAAAGGGCGAUCGAUCGGGAAGAGCGUCAGGCCCUACGUGCCAUUCGCAACUUCCUCAAAGUCCGUACCAGCUAUGAUGUCCUUCCACUCAGUUUUCGACUUAUCAUGUUCGAUACAUCGCUGUCCGUCAAGGAGAGCCUGAAUAUCCUCAUACAGAACGGUAUCGUUUCGGCUCCGUUAUGGGAUUCUACAUCCUCGACCUUUGCCGGUCUCCUCACCACAUCCGACUACAUCAAUGUUAUUCAGUACUACUAUCAGAACCCCGAGGCUCUGAAUCAGAUUGAUCAAUUCCGUUUGGAUAGUCUACGAGAGGUGGAAAAGGCGCUCCAUGUGGCGCCUCCCGAAACGAUAUCCAUUGACCCAGAGCGGCCGCUCUACGAAGCCUGUCGGCGCAUGCUCGAGUCUCGCGCCAGGAGGAUUCCUUUGGUUACUUUUGACAGUCAGACUGAUCGAGCCCUCGUUCUGAGUGUUCUCACCCAGUACCGCAUCCUGAAGUUUGUCGCCGUCAACGUCAACGACACGCAGAAGUUACGGAAACCCCUUGGUGAGAUCUUGCUGGGCUCGUAUCACAAUAUAGCAGUCGCAUCGAUGGAUACACCUGUCAUUGACGUGAUUCACAUUCUCGUCUCACGGAGCAUAUCAAGUGUCCCCAUCAUCAAUACUGAAGGUGUUGUGUACAACGUCUUCGAGGCUGUCGACGUGAUAACGCUGAUCAAAGGAGGUGUCUAUGAUGACUUGAGUCUGACGGUGGGCGAGGCAUUGAAGAAGCGAUCUCCGGACUUUCCCGGGAUCUAUACAUGCUCCCUGAACGAUGGUCUGGAUACCAUUUUCGACACGAUUCGCAAAUCCCGUGUACACCGCCUGGUUGUGGUGGACGACAACUUCCGGCUAAAGGGUGUCCUUACCUUGAGUGACAUUCUCCAGUACAUCCUUUUGGAGGGUGAAAAUGACGAGUCAUCAUGA